AGCCGGAAGUCAUCCCGGACUGAAGCUCCCGCGGCAGCGGCGGCGGUUGCGGCAGGUCCAGUUGGCAGAAGGCUCCGAUUAACAUCGGGGAUGGCAGAACGUUCGGCGCUGGAGGAGUUGGUGCGACUUCAAGGAGACCGCGUGCGGGUUCUCAAGCAGCAAAAGGCCAGCGCCGAGCAGAUAGAAGAGGAGGUGGCAAAACUCCUGAAACUGAGGGCACAGCUGGGCCCUGAUGAAGGAAAACAGAAGUUUGUGCUCAAAACCCCUAAGGGCACAAGAGACUACAGUCCCCGGCAGAUGGCAGUUCGGGAGAAGGUGUUUGAUGUAAUUAUCAGCUGCUUCAAGCGCCAUGGAGCAGAAGUAAUUGAUACACCCGUGUUUGAACUAAAGGAAACACUGACAGGAAAGUAUGGCGAAGACUCCAAGCUUAUCUAUGAUCUGAAGGACCAGGGUGGGGAACUGCUGUCCCUUCGCUAUGACCUCACUGUUCCUUUUGCUCGAUAUUUGGCAAUGAAUAAACUGACCAACAUUAAACGCUACCACAUAGCAAAGGUAUAUCGGCGGGAUAACCCAGCCAUGACCCGUGGCCGAUAUCGAGAAUUCUACCAAUGUGAUUUUGACAUUGCUGGGCAAUUUGACCCCAUGAUCCCUGAUGCAGAGUGCCUGAAGAUUAUGUGUGAGAUCCUGAGUUCACUUCAGCUAGGAGACUUCCUGGUCAAGGUGAAUGAUCGGCGCAUCCUAGAUGGGAUGUUUGCCAUCUGUGGUGUUCCUGAUAGCAAGUUUCGCACCAUCUGCUCCUCAGUGGACAAACUGGACAAGGUGUCCUGGGAGGAAGUGAAGAAUGAGAUGGUGGGAGAGAAGGGCCUUGCACCCGAGGUAGCUGACCGCAUUGGAGACUAUGUCCAGCAGCAUGGUGGGGUGUCCCUGGUGGAACAGCUGCUCCAGGAUCCUAAACUGUCCCAGAGCAAGCAGGCUUUAGAGGGCCUGGGAGACCUGAAGCUGCUAUUUGAGUACCUGACCCUGUUUGGCAUUGCUGGAAAGAUAUCCUUUGACCUGAGCCUUGCUCGAGGCCUGGACUACUAUACUGGAGUGAUCUAUGAGGCAGUGCUGCUACAGACCCCUUCCCAGCCAGGGGAAGAGCCCUUAGGUGUGGGCAGUGUGGCUGCUGGUGGGCGCUACGAUGGGUUAGUGGGCAUGUUCGACCCCAAAGGGCGCAAGGUGCCAUGCGUGGGGCUCAGCAUUGGGGUAGAGCGGAUCUUUUCCAUCGUGGAACAGAGGCUGGAGGCUUCAGAGGAGAAGGUACGUACCACAGGGACACAGGUGCUUGUGGCAUCUGCGCAGAAGAAGCUGCUAGAGGAGAGACUGAAGCUCAUCUCAGAGCUGUGGGAUGCUGGAAUCAAGGCUGAGAUGCUUUACAAGAAGAACCCAAAGUUACUGAACCAGUUGCAAUACUGCGAGGAGGCGGGCAUCCCACUGGUGGCCAUCAUCGGCGAGCAGGAGCUCAAAGAUGGAGUCAUCAAGCUCCGUUCAGUAGCGAGCAGGGAAGAGGUGGACAUACGAAGAGAAGACCUCGUGGAGGAAAUCAAAAGGAGGACAAACCAGCCCCUCUGCAUCUGUUGAACUGAGGAAACCAUCAGAACAAUAUAGGACUGGCAGUACUUGAGGCUAAGACAAAACUCUGCAUGUGUAUUUCAACAGCUUUGUGUAUUUCUCUUCCGCAGGAAAACCAGAAGAGUGGUCAGAGCAGAGACAUUUUAUUACAUUGAUUGGGGGGUGGGGGUGGGGGGCGAUAAUCACUGGCAAAACGGCCAGGUGGUACACCAUUUUCCAUCCAAGGCCUUGGGGGCUUUCUCCAGCCUGUGCUCCUUGGCUACCUCUACAGGGCCCCAAAAGCAAUCAGCAACCGUCCAAUAAAAUGCCUCAACCACUGAA